CUGCUAAGCAGAAAAGUCUCUUCCUUCCUUCCUUCCUUGUCUCAAGUCUGCUCUGCCAGUUUCUGGGGCCCAGCAUUGAGGCAGAAGACAGGAAGAGCUGGGACCUCUCUGUUGGCCAGAGCCACUAAUCUUGGGCAUAAAUAGGAUCUUGGGACCAGUCCUCCAGCUGACAACCCGGCAGCCUGCUUCUGCUGCUCCUGCCAGGUGAUGGAAACCGUGAGUUUUUCCCUGGGCAGAGCGCUUUGGACCUUCCUCCUGGCCAUGCUAGGCUCCGCCACAGGCCAGCCGCUGGGGGGAGAAUCCAUCUGUACAGCCCGGCCCCUGGCUAGAUACAGCAUCACUUUUACUGGCAAGUGGAGCCAGACCGCAUUCCCCAAGCAGUAUCCUCUGUUCCGGCCACCUGCACAGUGGUCCUCUCUGCUGGGGGCAGCUCACAGCUCUGACUAUAGUAUGUGGAGGAAGAAUGAGUAUGUCAGCAACGGGCUGAGGGACUUCGCUGAGCGCGGUGAAGCCUGGGCUCUGAUGAAAGAGAUCGAAGCUGCAGGAGAGAAGUUCCAGAGUGUGCAUGCGGUAUUCUCAGCCGCUGCUGUCACCAGCGGGACAGGGCAGACUUCUGCAGAGGUGGAGGUGCACCCUAGGCACUCGCUGGUGUCCUUCGUGGUACGAAUUGUCCCCAGCCCCGACUGGUUUGUGGGCAUUGACAGUCUGGACCUGUGUGAGGGAGGACGCUGGAAGGAGCAGGUGGUCCUCGAUCUUUACCCUCAUGAUGCAGGGACAGACAGCGGCUUCACCUUCUCCUCCCCCAACUUUGCCACCAUCCCACAGGACACAGUGACCGAGAUAACCUCCUCAUCACCCAGUCACCCAGCAAACUCAUUCUACUACCCACGCCUGAAGUCCUUGCCUCCCAUUGCCAAAGUGACCUUCGUGCGGCUUCGGCAGAGUCCCAGGGCCUUUGCCCCACCUUCCCUGGACCUGGCCAGCAGGGGCAAUGAAAUUGUUGACAGCCUCUCAGUUCCAGAGACACCGCUGGACUGCGAGGUUUCCCUGUGGUCGUCCUGGGGACUGUGUGGAGGAUCAUGUGGAAAGUUGGGAGCCAAGAGCAGAACUCGUUAUGUCCGUGUGCAGCCUGCUAACAAUGGGACCCCUUGCCCCGAGCUUGAAGAAGAGGCUGAGUGUGCCCCUGAUAACUGUGUCUAAACCCAGAGUCUAGCAGCCAGCCCUUGGGGUCCCUCAAGCCUUGGAAUCAGACCUGGGCCACAAAGGGUUCCCGGGAGGUGCAUGCAGACAGGCGUAGGAGCUUGGGCAGUUUUGCACCAUUUCCCACCAUGGCUGGACUGAUGAAUGCUCUGGACACAGAGGUCCUCAGUGGCAGGUAAGAGGCAGGCUGCUUCUCCCACUGUGUGAUCCCUGAGGCUCAUGGUCUGCUCUACACACGUCCUGUGUGACUUAUUACUGUGGUGGGAGGCUGCCUUUGAUGCAGAGAGCUGUCACGCCAGGAACAGGCAGAGGAUGCUGUAAGCCUGUGAGCCCCACAACCACACUGUGUCAGAUACCUCAGGCCUGCCGCCACCACCGCACCUGCUCCUGGAUGCCAACGAUGCAACUUCACAACACUCCUGGCUUCAAACGGGGGUGACCACGGGAGAAAAGGAUGAAGAGGGGCAGUUUCAGGAACUUGGCUGUCUUGUGUCACUGAUCCCUUUCAUUUGAAUAAAGGCUGUGUUCCCGACAAA